AUGGCCGGGACGCGCUCCGGGCCAGUGUCACUGACACGGUAUCGACCCUUUCUAUACCUUUUCACCGGGGUUGCAGCAGCGUACGCCCUUCUCUACAUUAGCAACAAUGUAGUUUCCGCGAAUACCUCCCAACCCUCCCUCCGCCGCCGAGGCGCCGUACGCCGCACAAGACGAUCCGAAGUCGAGGAGCUGCCAAUCACAGAAACCCCCUCUUAUCGCGCGAUCACCCACCUGGAACAACUGGAGCGUCAGAAUGGUGUUUACGGUACAUUCCGCAUUGAGACAGAAGAUGGUCGGCGCGUGGAAAGCGGUCUGCUUCCAUCGUUGCUGGCAACCCGUGACCAGCUGAUGGAGGAAGUCGGCGUACCACCCGCUCAUGCGGAGCGUAUGCGCGAGAUGAUGGAGGACACAUUCUUGGAAUCAUUCCUUGCACUUGACUUCCCCGCAUCGCAUACCCUCCCUGAAGAAACAGCCGAGCGGGCGUACUUGACAGAGCAGCUUCAGCGACGAGGAAUCUCCAGUGCGGGAAUCGAGCGGGCGCUUAUCCGAUUCAACGCUGACAACAAUUAUGGAGAUGAAUUGCGCCGGCGAAGACAAAACGGCGAACGUGUCACCCUUUCGACGUCGACUUUCCCCGAUGUUGCUCCUCCUAAUCCUGAUGGCGGGGAGCCAGGCGUGGACGACCAGAGUGUUUUCUCUUGGCGUGAUGGAAAUACUGACGGAUCGUCUACUCGUGAAGGCCAAAACCUACUCAACCUGCUCUACCACAUUGCGGAGGACCAGGCACGCAGAGAUGGUUACAUUCAUCGAGGUGUCACUUGCAAUAGCUGCGGGGCUAUGCCCAUCCAGGGUAUCCGCUAUCGGUGUGCGAACUGCAUCGAUUACGAUCUGUGUGAGACAUGUGAGGCAAUGCAAGUGCACAUCAAAACGCAUUUGUUCUACAAAGUUCGAAUCCCAGCUCCUUUCUUGGGGAAUCCGCGUCAAUCACAGCCUGUGUGGUAUCCUGGAAAGCCUGCAAUGCUCCCACGAAGCCUUCCACGGCCGCUGGCAAAGCGCCUAACCCGAGAGACCAACUUUGAAAAUACCGAACUUGAUGCCCUUUGGGACCAGUUCCGCUGCCUCGCAAAUCAUGAAUGGACAGAUGACCCAAACAAGCUGUACAUGGCUAUUGAUCGCAAGACCUUUGACCGCUGUUUUGUGCCUAACACAUCAAUUCGACCACCUCCUCCCAGUCUGAUUUACGAUCGCAUGUUUGCAUUUUAUGACACGAAUGGGGACAACCUGAUUGGAUUUGAAGAAUUUCUGAAGGGAUUGGCUAGUCUCAACAACAAGAGCAAUGACGAACGACUGCGACGUGUUUUCCGAGGGUAUGAUAUUGACGGCGAUGGCUAUAUUGAGCGAAAGGACUUCCUUCGAGUGUUCAGAGCGUACUAUACGCUCACUCGAGAACUUACUCGCGACAUGGUAGCCGGCAUGGAGGACGAUUUCCUUGAAGGCGGUGCUCGUGAUGUUGUUCUUGGCAGCCAGCCCAUUAGCUCUGCAUUCCCUGGCAACAUUCCCUCUGGUGAGAAUUCGCGAACUAAUGAAGGCAAGCGUCGCAAUCUUGAUGGCGAUAUGGAAAUCUUCGACAAUGGAGGAAUUCUACGACGAGACAGUCCUGACACUGGGGACCGUUACUCGGUAGUGGGAGACGCUGCUGCUCGAGAACAAUUUGGUCGAACGAGACCACUUUUUCCAUCUACCUUGCAGCUUCCAGGUACUGUGUCGAUUCGCCGUCGAGACCUCGUAGAGCACGCUCAAAUGGAUGAUGGGGACAAUGACGAAGAUGAAGAUGGUAGUGAUUCUGAUGGAUCAGGUUCGUCGGUUGCUAGUGGCGGUUGGCCGCCACCAGAGCAAAUUCGUGAGGAGGAUAUUAUUGAGGCCCUCGGAACGUAUGUACCCCUUCAACAAAUCAACGAUCCGAUCGAUAGGGCCCGUCUCGUGACAGUCGUAUACAACAGAAUGCGUGAAGAAGAUCAAAGAAGAAUUGACGAAACCCGCCGAAACGGAAUUGACGAACGCUGGCGACGCCGUGCCUUCUACACCGACGAAGAAGACGGCGCCACCAUCCCCGAGGGGUACCAAAGAGACCCGACUUUUGACGACUUGAGCGACGAAGACUACGAAUCGCCGAUUGAUUCACACCCGCCAUCGCCCCGCUCACGUUCUUCUUCCAAGGUUCGGUUCCAGGAUGAUAUUGCUGAUGACUAUGAUGUCCGAUCCAACCCUUCGACAUCUUCUCGAAGUAUUCCUGUUGGUGAACGAUGGGGUGGCUUUGAGAUCCCAGAGGUUGAAAAAGACGCUGGCAAGGAGAUCCUGUACCAAGUGACGCAGCAAGCCUUUAAUGAGCUCCUUGAUAUUCUGUUCAAGCAAAAGGAAGAUUUGCUCAUGGAAGUCUAUCGAACUCGUGCGGAUCGCAAGAUCUGGGCCCAUGAGAUUGCCCUCGUACAAAUGUCGCCGCCUCCGCCGCCGCCUCUUAAGGAACCUGAACAGGCAAUAGAUGAAAAGGAUCUUGAAGAACUCACGAGUGAAAGAUCUCUUGAGGAGCUAUUGCAACGCGCCGGCUAUGGUGUGCAAAGCCCUACUCUAGGACCAGUGUUAGCACCUCCGUCUACUGAUGCGGUAGCUUCAGAUGAUGAUAUCCGACCUACACACCUCGCCGACCCAGAGAGCGAAGAUGGAGUUGGUCAGGAUAUAUCCUAUGAUGAUGAUUCCGACACCGCUUCAGUCACCAGCUCAUCUUACCCAGACGGACAACUCCAAAUUUCCGAUGCCGCCUCCUACAAUGACUCUUCAGAUGAGGAGACAGAGUCCGUUGACGAAACUCUUGACUACGACCCAACCCUUCCACAGUUCCGACCGGAUGCAGAAACACUCCGCCCUCGCCUCUCUUUCCGAGAUGAGCCACAAGUGAUCACUGAUGGACCAGAUAGCGAAACAUCCUCUCACGCCUCCAACUCCGAUCUACCGGAACGACUUCGUCUUGAGCCUAAUGGCACCACCUCCCUGCCCGCCCCUUCAUCACCCCACUCUUCCUCUCCAGAAGCUGAAGAAACAGCUCCCAAGGUCCCUCUCCCUCCCUCUCCCAUGCAGCCUCUUCCCGCUCCAAAAAGAUCACCCCCUUCAUCCCGAACUACCAGCACUCUUCGCCGACCUUCCGCAAGGACCCUUGCGCGCUGGUCUUACCUGAAUCAGGUUGAGCGCGAAGCCAAAGAACGUGGUGGUAAUGGCGGAAGACUCAACUUUGAUGAGUUUGCUCGCCGAAUGUCAGCUGAUAAGGGGCGUCGGCUGGCAUUUGUGGCUAGUUGGAUUGAGAUGGCUAGCUUCUAA